GGGCAGGGCGGGCCCGAGGGGAGGCGCCGGUGCGGAAGGUACCAGCCCCUUCCGCCGCCCUGGGCUUGCUGGCGUCGCUGCCAGGCACCCUUCUGAGCCGCUGGGAGGCUUGCCCCGAGCUGAGGGGCACCCUGUUUCGGCACCCAAAAAGAGGCAGAUGUGUGUGUGUGUGGGUGAUUUCCUCAGAGAGUCCCGUGCCUGCCCUCAGCUUAGCGUGAGGCCUCCUACCUUAUCAAGGACGUGGGUUGUCGGCACGGUUGCUGCAGCCACGGUGUUGUUCUCAAGCUCUUAACACACAAGCUACGACUUUGCUUCUAAGGCAGAGGGUGGCCACUGAUGCAGACCGCGGGUUUAUGCUGUUACCCAACAUUUUGAGGGGCCUAUGCUAUGCUGACGCGGGGAGCUGCACCGUAGCGUGGCCUCUGUGGAGGGCUCGGGGUGCAGUAGCUGAUGCCUCCACCCUGGUGAUUUCAAUGUAUCUCACGUUCCAGCCGUGAGUCAUUUAAUCAUCUUGCCUUGGCGGAGAGGUGAGGAAAAGGUCAGCGCUGAGAGAUGAGUGAAAAAUGUCUUUUAUUUUCAACUGAUCUUGGAGAGCAUGUUGCAGAGUACAGGAUUGGACAGCUGUACAUGAUAAGCAAGCACAGCCAUGAGCAGAGUGACCGAGGCGAAGGUGUGGAGGUGGUGCAGAAUGAACCCUUUGAAGAUCCAAACCAUGGCAAUGGUCAGCUAACGGAAAAAAGAGUCUAUCUCAACAGCAAGCUGCCUAGCUGGGCUAGAGCAGUGGUCCCCAAAAUAUUUUAUGUUACAGAGAAGGCUUGGAAUUAUUACCCUUAUACAAUCACAGAAUACACAUGUUCAUUUUUGCCUAAAUUCUCCAUUCACAUAGAGACAAAAUACGAGGACAACAAGGGGAGCAACGACAGUAUUUUUGAUAAAGAAGCUAAAGAUCUGGAGCGAGAAGUCUGCUUCAUCGAUAUCGCCAGCGAUGAAAUUCCUGAGCGCUACUACAAAGAAUCAGAGGAUCCUAAAUAUUUCAAGUCACAGAAGACUGGGAGAGGACAAUUAAAAGAAGGCUGGAGAGAGACCCAUCAGCCAAUUAUGUGUUCCUACAAACUUGUGACUGUGAAAUUUGAAGUCUGGGGACUUCAAACCAGAGUAGAGCAAUUUGUACACAAGGUGGUCAGAGACAUUCUCUUGAUCGGUCACCGGCAGGCUUUUGCCUGGGUCGAUGAGUGGUACGAUAUGACUAUGGAUGAUGUUCGAGAAUACGAGAAAAAUAUGCAUGAAAAAACCAACAUUAAAGUUUGCAACCAACAUUCAUCUACUGUGGAUGAAAUAGAGAGCCAUGCCAAAGCAAGAACAUGACAAUGGAUGAAGUCCGAGAGUUUGAACGAGCAACUCAGGAAGCUACCAACAAGAAGAUUGGGAUUUUCCCACCUGCAAUAUC